AUGAACAUUGGGAGCCUGCAGCAUUUGAUCUCACAUAGCUUUUGUGCGAAGAGUGGAGACCAGAAAAACAAGCCUACGGCGCCCGGCCCUCGGGGAGUGCCCAUUCUUGGCUACCUUCCAUUCUUACGAAAACCCUAUCACAUCACCUUCACGGAGCUAAGCAAACAGUACGGACCCAUAAUAAGCGUUCGGCUUGGCUGUAAGAACGUGCUGGUACUUAACGAUUUCACAUCCAUCAAGGAAGGACACUCGAACCCUGACGUGCUGGAUCGGCCCAGUGAUUUUAUAUUUCGUCACCUUGGAAUGGAAGGUGUCGCUUCAAUCAACGGAGAGCGAUGGAAAGUGAACCGGAGGUACUGCUUCCACGUGUUGAGAGACCUGGGCUUUGCAAAGAAGUCUAUGGAAAAACACAUCCAGGAGGAGGCGCAGUGCUUUAUGGCUGUGCUUGCAUCAGGCAAGGAAGAGCCAGUGUUGGUGGCCCAUACGCUCGCAUCCAGCGUAGCUAACAGCAUGUCAGCGCUCAUAUUCGGCGAACGCUACGACCUGGGCGAUCCGAAGGGUCGCGACGUCGAGAGAAUGCUGACCAAGUUGCUGCGCGAAGCGCACUUCUUAUCCAUCGCGGAUUUUCUGCCAGCCCUUCGCUUCGUGGCAACGCGCCUGCCAACCACGAAGUUGUACGCCAUGAAAUCUAUCCUGCACGAGCUGAGCAGGUUCAUCAGGUGCAAUGAAGUGCGUCACCGGGAAGAUACGGAGGAGCACAUCGAGAAUGAUUUCAUAGACGGAUACCUGGGGAAGAUCAAAGAAGACAAAGGGAGAGAAUCCCACUUCAGCAUUCCAACGCUCGUGGGCAGCACGAUCAACUUCUACAGCGCAUCCACCAACACCGUGCGAAGUGCCGUCCUGUGGAACCUGUACAUCGCGGCCAGCGACCCGGACGGUCAGCAAGCGCGCGUACAGCGCGAAAUCGACGCAGCGAUUGGACGCAAGACGGCGCCCGCCUGGGAAGACAGGCGUCGCACGCCGUUUACAAUGGCGUGCAUUCUGGAGGCGCUACGCUGGAGGACCACGUCCCCUCUCGGCCUGCAGAGGGCAGCAGGUCGCGACACGGUAAUCUGCGGGUAUGACGUUCCUGCCGGCACCAUGGUGAUCGCAAACCUGUGGAACCUUCACAACGACCCUGCCUACUGGCCCGAGCCGUCCAAGUAUGACCCCACGCGGUUUCUCAAUGCUGACGGCACCGAGGUGAAUGACAAGCCGGCGGCGUUCCUCCCUUUUGGAACCGGAAGGAGACAGUGCCCGGGUAAAACGUUGGCCCUGAUGGAGGUCUACCUGUAUGUGGCCACAACGCUUCAGAGGUUCAGGGUGCUUCCGGAAGAAGGCAGAACCAUCUCCCUCGUCACAGCACCCGCUCUGCUCAAUGUCGCCAAUGACACGCAGAAACUGCGUUUCAUACCGCGAUAAUAAACCGAGAGCUUGCAGGUUACCGUUACUCAUA